AUGAAAAUGUCGACGAUAUUCGUCUUAUUUAUUCUUCUUGUUUUAUCCAUCCUAUCCUCUUCGUUAAUAUCUGAUCAAUGGCAUUCGAAAUCACAAUGUACACAAAAAGAAUUCGCUAAUCAUAUGGAUAUUAGUUGUAAUUCGAAUGAAUUUAUUCUUAUCGGUUGGUCACAUUAUGGCACAAAGAAGUCGGGAAAUAAUAAACAAGACCAACAACGAUGUGAACCAUCCGAAAGUGAUUGUAUUAUGGAUUAUACGCAUAAAAUCGCUGAACUUUGCAAUGGUGCUCCUCA